CCCUUUCUCGAGCGCUUAAACUCUUACCUCCCACCCCCCCUCCUCCUCACCAGCCUUUCUCUUCUGCCUCGGUCACUUCCUUCCUCACUCUCUUCCUCCUCGGUGUGUUGAAGAAGAUAACCCGGUCCGGACCGACGCUGCACCAGCUUUUCCUCGGAAAAGAAAAAGAGGCGGAUAGGCAGCAAUGAAUGUGGAUCACGAAAUUAACCUCUUAGUGGAGGAAAUUCAUCGUCUGGGUUCAAAAAAUGCUGAUGGGAAGUUAAGUGUAAAAUUUGGGGUCCUCUUCCGAGAUGACAAAUGUGCCAACCUCUUUGAAGCAUUGGUGGGAACUCUCAAAGCUGCAAAACGAAGAAAGAUUGUUACAUACCCAGGAGAGCUACUUUUGCAAGGUGUUCAUGAUGAUGUGGACAUUAUAUUGCUGCAGGAUUAAUGUAGUUUGCAUAUCUUUGUUUAUUGUUAUUUUUUGUUUCUGGUAAACUGGAAUAUUAAGUCAAGGGACAAACAUGAGCAUACUUAAUGUAUUUUUAUAGAACUUUGUAAACAAAAGGAGACUCUUAUUUUAAAAGUCUGUCUUUUUUUUAUACCUUGAAAGAAAAUUUAUGUAUUACACUGUCAAAUAAACAAAACCUAUUUUUUUCUUCAGGAAUCUGAUUGGAAAAAUGUAGGCAUUGAAGCUUUUUUGGUAGGGGUGAAAGGGUGUUUCAUAAAUCAUUCUUAGACAAUUUCUGCAGAUAUUUGACAUUCCAUAAAAGCAAGAGGCAAAACUGAAGACCAGCUCCCACAAGGAAUAUUGUAAUGUUUAUGUAAUAAAAACAUGUAACUAUGUUAAAA